AAAGACCCAACACAUCCACUGUUAGGAAACCUCACUUCUGACCUUACUGUAGUUGUUAGCAAUAAUACUAUUGAGAAAUAUGUGAACUGCAACAAUGGCCUAAAAAGCCAAGGUAUUCUCAUCAAGAAGGAAUCUGUACCAUCACCCAUUAUAAUCAAGGAUAACAUCACAGGUGGUAUUGGUGAGUACUCAUUCAGACUACAGUUACAGGCUCAAAAGAGAUUGUACUCGUUACGCCUCUACAACAAUGACACUCUUGUCAUGAACUUUACAGCAGAAGGUUUGGUGGAUAUUUCCAUACCAAGCUUGAAAUAUAAUACCAGAUACAGCCUUGCUAUCACCAAUGUCAACUGCUUUAAUGAAGAAAACACCACACUGCUGGAGUUUUUACAAGCUGGCUGCAGAGCUCCACCAUCUCCAGUCAAUGGUAGUAUUGAGGAGUACAGGAGUACAGAGGAGGGAGCAGAGAUCCAGUUCCACUGUCAUGAUGGAUACACUCCUAAUGAGUGGAUGUCAUCUCAAUGUCUCAACUCAUCGUGGUCCCCUCAGCCAACAGACCUAGUCUGUGUCUUACCAGACCCUGACACUCAUGUGUUACCAGACCCUGAUAAUGUCACACCAGACCCUGAUAAUGUCACACCAGAUCCUAACAUUACAUGUGAAGCACCAAUAAACACAUCAACAACAUUUUUCAAGUCGGAAGGAUCUUCGGUAAUGAUCUUCUGCGAGGAUGGGUACUUCAUAGAUGGAAGUGUGACAAGUACAUGUGUCAGUAACGGUUCAUGGGUACCUGACCUUCUCAGAAUCCAAUGUGAACCAGGUAAUCAUGGAUCCACAAGUGCCAAAAAAGGAAGAGAGCUGGUUAUAGUUGGUGCUUCUUCGGCAGUUUCACUACUAUUUUUGUUCAUUGUUGGAGUGGCUGUUGUGUUUUGCUGUUGCAGAAGAAAGAUUGGAUCCAGAGUAAAGAGAAAGAAGCGUACAGUUGCCAAUGAAUAUACCGAGAUGCUAGCUACAUCUCCUCCACCAAGUGGCACAGCAGGUGGUAGGACGACAACGCCAUUCACUUACCAUGAACAAAUUCAAGACCCUGCCACAAAUGAUUGUCCUCCAGCCCCAGGACUACAAGCCUCUCCCCUCUCAGUCCACACAUCUGAACGAGGAACCCGUCUCUCCCUCCAGACCAGAGUCUCCCGAGGGAACCCCUCCACCAGUACCUCCAUACAGAGGAUCAUCUCCCGAACUUCACUCCUCUCUUUCUACACUCCCUCUCGUGAAAGUCAACUCCCCAGAGUCUAUUGCCUGCGGUCCUACCGGUGGUGGGUCGAGUCUCUACUAAGGACUGCCUCUCUUAGUCUGGCUCCAUAUAAAGGCCUUUUGCCCAUAUACCCCUGAUUGUUUUAAAAUUGGCCUCGUAUCUAUAGUUUCACCAUUAUCUGCCUUAUGGUUUAAGAGGUCUUGGUAUUUUCUUGCAGACUGAAUACAGGUUUUAUUUUUGAGUGGGAGCGAGCUAACCUAGUGGUCAAAACAGCGUUCAAAAUACGCUGUACACUGUGUAUGUAUGCAUUUUGAGAAUGUUAUUGGUCCUGUGGUGUGAACACUAAUUUAGGUGGUGUCAGUAAACAUGGUUAGUGGGCUCGUUCAACAAAAAUGCCCUACAGUAGCUAUAUACACUCCCCUCACCACCUGCAGCUUCCUACUAUGGUUCCCAACCUGUCCCUCCAGAAGAUCCUGCUCCCCCUAACCUACCCCCCAGACCUCCUGCCAAACCUCCUGCCAAGAAACCUUCACAGAGACUGGAGUAUGCUGAUGUAGUCCCCCAGCAGAGCAGCAGAGGGAAUCCCGUACUCCCACCCCCUCCCAGUGGCAGAGAUAACACUGUGUACAGUGAAGUAAGGACCGACUUGAAAGUCGAUGUUGCCACUACUGUCAACAAAUAUGACCGUUGUGUAACACUGGAUAACAUCAUGCGUCAGAUAAGACCUUUGGCACAUAAGUGGUCCGAUUUUGCCAACUUCCUAGAAUUGCAGGAUCCCGGCAUGCCAGACGUUCACAACCACUCUGAUGAGGAAGCGCUGAAGGUCGUUGUCACCAGGUGGAUGAUUAGGACUGGGAAUACCCCAACAUGGGGGAAGGUGUCUGGGUUGGUGAGGCACAGUGGGUUCCCGGAACUGGCAGAUGCUAUCAACAGGGUCUAUGUCACAGGU